AAACGGUGCGUUUCAAUGUCGAUUUGGGAAGGCCAUCAGAGUUGACGGCUGAUGAUGUGUCAAAAAUCAAAAUAACAGACAAGGAAGCAUCUGAAUUCUGAAAUCGUUGGAGCGAAGCGAAAGGCGGAAAUGGCGACGGCAGCGUUGGGAAUGCAGAAGCUACUGCAAGUCGGCACGAAGAUCGUCGGCGUCGGCCGCAACUACGCCGCUCACGCCAAAGAACUAGGCAACGCCGUCCCCAAGGAGCCGGUGCUGUUCCUGAAACCUACAUCCUCCUACUUGGACAACGGAGGCACGAUCUUGAUCCCGCAUCCUCUCGAAUCUCUGCAUCACGAGGUGGAGCUCGCCGUCGUCAUCGGCAAGAAAGCUCGCGAUGUGCCGGAGGCUUCCGCCAUGGAUUACAUUGGAGGUUUGAUGCGAGUUCCUUUUCGUCUCUGUGAAAUUCGGAGUUUGGUUUAUGGCGAGAGAGACUGGGAUCAUAUGAGGUAUUGCUUUCUCUCAGGUUAUGCUCUUGCGCUGGAUAUGACUGCAAGAGAAAUCCAAGCUUCAGCCAAGUCAGCAGGACUUCCAUGGACUGUAGCCAAGGGGCAGGAUACAUUCACACCUAUCAGUUCCAUUCCAAAUGACCUCUUCGCUAAUCAAAAUGACCUCUUCGCUAUGAACUUUGUGCAGCUCCCCAAGUCAGCUGUACCUGAUCCUGAUAACUUGGAGCUAUGGUUGAAGGUUGACGACGAGAUAAGACAGAAAGGGCCCACAAAGGAUAUGAUAUUUAAGAUCCCAUUUCUCAUCAGCUACAUAAGUGCAAUCAUGACCCUUUUCGAGGGAGAUGUCAUUUUAACAGGCACUCCUCCAGGUGUUAGCCCAGUGAAAGCAGGUCAGAAGGUAACUGCUGGAAUAACGGGUCUAGUUGAUGUCCAGUUCAACUGCGAGAAACGCAAGAGGCCCGGAAAUUGAUCACCAUCACCUCUCCUCCAUAGUGUCUGUCUGGCAGCCAAAUUGCUGCCUGCUCUGUCAAGUAUGUCUCUUCUGCAGCAUCUUGAAUCUCUAGAGAAGAACAGUGUGGGUGAAUUUCCAACCUGAGAAGAUGUUUGAAUCAUAGAACAUCCACACAAUAAACAGGGAAAGAACCAUGGUGAAAGCCUUGAUCAUGAAGCAAAUAUCUUCCUAAUUUAGUUCACAUCGGAUACGAUUGCAGACGAUGGCUAAACUAUGGCUGUCAAAUUAGCUACAUUUGCAAAGUCUGUAUAACAAGAAAAACGAACGCAUUGUAUUGUCUGUCAAUGAAUCGUUUGCUUUGUGUAAUAACCUUAUUCGCCUACCAUUUUGGGAGGAUAAAACCAGAACUUGCGAAUGAAGUCGACGAUGUGGUUGCUGCGAAGAAAUGGCCGACGCCUCCCAUCACAACCCGUUCCUUGGAGGAAGAGGAUCCUGGGCCCGCUGGCUGGGUCUGUGUAGCAGGAAGAAUGUUUGGACGCUGAGAAAAUGCUGGUGAUCACGAGCAAGAUUGGGCAUUAUAUUUGCCGUCAACAGCUAGUAUCACUACUUUCCGAUGAAGAAACUCGAUGCCGGACGGCAUCUCCAAUUUUUUCAGGUACAAUUGAUAAGGACCUGCUAACUCGGUUCUCUGUGGCAAAGUUUGCGAUUAUUAGGCGGAAUCAGAACGUGGUUCACGAAAGCAAUUGAUCAAUGUUUCCCUACAAAAGGGAUUAGAAGAAGAGAUUUCUGUGAACACAUGUAGAUUCCUUUAUUUAUAUGCAUACUUUGCUUGCAAGUAAAGACAUAUCACAUUCUGUACCCGCAAGUUACAGAUGUUUUUUUUUUCACAACCGAGGCGUUGAAUUGCCAACAAGCUUUCGUUUCAACCACACUGAACAAGUUUCAGGUAGUAUACACAACAAGAACACGAUUCAGAUCACCGACGGAAGAAUCAGAUCAGAACUUGCGGAUGAAUUCGACGAUGUGGCUGUUGAUCUCGUCGGCCCUCUCUUCGUUGAGAAAAUGGCCGACGCCAGGCAUCACCACCACUUCCUGCAGAAACGGAACGUCCCUCUUGAACCCCCCUUUGCCAAUGUAGUCUCUGGCGUUCCCAGUGUUAUAGGUAAGGUCCUGAUCUCCGACGAUGAACUUCACCGGCACUUUCACUUGGUCCCUUUGCCACGGCGCAGUCAGUUCCCAGUUCCUGCAUCGAUGUUCCGGUAAUAGUUCAAUCCUCCGGUGAAGCCCGUCUUCUCGAACUUGUCGGUGUAGUGCUUGAGAUCUUCCUCCGACAGCCAAGGUGGCAGUGCGAUUUGCGCGUCCUGCGAGUGGCCGAAUGGCUUGCCCUUAGGCAUGUAGAGGGGAGCUGGUGUGUGGUAAGCAAAGAACUCCUUCAGAACCCUCUCUGUACCUAGCUCUGCAAAUUCUGCUUCUAUAACUCCCGGCUCCUGAAACCUGCAAACGUAGUAAUCAUCGCCCAAGAAAGCCUUCAAGGUCGGAAGAGGUUUCCGAUUAGGGCUCCGGGGAUUGAAUAGAACACUCAUGUUGACCAGCGCCUUGACCUUAUCGGGCCUGAAAAGGCACAGAUACCAAGCCAUGUAAGCUCCCCAAUCGUGGGCGACGACGAAAACCUUCUGCCCCUCCGGUGCCACCGCGUCGAUCAGCGCCACGAGGUCGCCGACGACGUGGAGCGCCGUGUAGCUCGCCGGAUCGGCCGGCGCGUCGGUAUCGCCGAACCCUCGCAGAUCCGGCGCCACCGCGCGGUAGCCGUUGGAGGCCACGGCGGCCAUCUGGUGGCGCCAGCAGUACCAGAGCUCCGGGAAUCCGUGGACGAAGAGGACCACGGGGCCGUCGGCCGGGCCCGACUCCGCCACGUGGACGUUUAUCCCGUUGAGGGUCAGAUUGCUGUGCCGAAUCCCGUCCAUGUCGGCGGAGAAAUUAGGGUCUUUCACUGUGAGAUUGGGAUUGCUUGGUCGCCGAGAAAUUGGGGGAUUCCGGGCGAAAAUGCUGAGGAGGAUCGGAAUUAUAAUGGCUGCGAGAGCGAUGGCUACUGAUCCCGGAAAAGAGUUGUUGUCGCCGGCCGGCAUAACAGAUUUUCUCGGGGAGAGCUAUUUAAACAAACCUAAGCUUGCUUGACGAGACGGGGAACAACUGCUGGGCAGCGUCCAAUCGGGUGCCGCCACGUGGUGGUUGGAAGCGGUGGCCGGUGAGGUUUGGAAGUCAAUGGCGGGCUUUUUUCUGGAUCGAGUCGUGGAUCAUGAGUGGAGGCAGUUAUAUAAUAAGCAAUUAGGGUG